CAGGCCUGGAAGCUAAUAAGUCGCCUCAGGGGAUGAGUCCCUAGGCUACAGAGGGUGACCGCCUAAAAAAAGGGUUGGUCCAACCAGCGCAGCGCAUUUACCCACAGUUGACGUCCAAGCUCCUCGAGGCAAACCUAGCUCCGUCACGAAAUCCAAAUGCGCUGGUGAAUCAAAGCAUCAACAUCGACGAGAAUUCGACUCACCCAAAGGAAACCGAGAUCUACAAUCUCACAGAGCUCCACGCAGAACAUGGCUUCACGGCACUCUGCGGCGCGGCCCAAGCGAGCCGGAGAGAACUUUGCGCGCACCCAUCACAACGACGACGAGAUGACCGACCUCAAGCGGGCCAAGUUCGACGUCCGCAACCCCUCGAUCUUGGCCCCCGAUGCUCGAGAAGACGACGCGAUUCUCGAUGCCGAUGUCAUUGGCGGUACCGGCGCUACGAAGCGAGGUGCUGUGAACCUCGACGGCUACGACAGUGAUUCAGACAAUGAGAACAUCAAUGCUCGCGCUCAGGGUCGUAAGAAGGGCAACGUGAACAUUAUGGAUCAACUGGACAACUACAACGCCAACAAUGUCUCCUCUGGAAAAGCGGCUGGUGGCGAUGAUAAUGACGACGACGACGACAUGUUUGCGGUGGAUGACGAUGAUGAGGGAGGCAAGGCAGCCUCUGAGAAUGGCGACUUUGAUAAGUCUGGCCGCAAAAAGAAGGAUGUGCGCUUCCUCGAUGUCGAGGAUAUUGACGGUCAAGAUCUCGGCAGCAAAACCGGAGGCCAAAUCCGACUAGACGAACUGGGCAGCAGUGACGACGAGGUGGGUGUUGACCUCGCGCUCCAAGAGGAGGGUUUGGAUGAAGAGGUUGGCGCAGGUGGACUCAAGAGGAAUGCCCCUAAGGUGGAAGCCUUCAAUUUGAAGGCAGAAAUGGAGGAAGGCCAAUUUGAUCAGCAAGGCAACUACGUGCGCAAGGCAGGAGAUCCCGAUGCGGUUCACGACAGCUGGUUGGAGGGACUCAGCAAAAAGGAGAUGAAGAAGGCGGCAGAUGCGCACGCAAAACGUGAGGCAGAGGCACGGAAGCAACGCAUGCAAGACGACGAAGUCUUGGUGUCGGAGCUUCUCAAGACGCUAAUACUCCGCUUGGAGAGGACCGAGACACCUCUCGAGGCGCUGGCCCGGCUUGGCAAGAGCCAACCCAAAACCAAGAAGAUCCCUAAGUGGAAGCUCAAGAAGAUGAACAAGGGUGCCGAGGGAAUGGAGGUGGAUGGCGAAAGCAGCCAGACUCCGGAACAGGCACGGGUAAAGGAAUCGAUCGACGCCAUCACAGAAGCCGCCGACAAACUGCUCAGCCGGGACUACGAAGACAUUUACGAUCAAGAACGGGAACUGCUUGUCCGGGAAUAUCGCAAAGAGACCGGGGAGGAAUGGGUCGAACCGGAAACAGUGCAUGCGGAUGCCGACCAGAUUGCGGUGAAGCCGGGAACUAUGUGGGAGUUCCGGUGGACAGACGGGCGUGACGAGGGCGCCAAGCAGGGACCGUUUGAUGGGGCGGCGAUGAAGGCCUGGCAGGAAGCCGGGUAUUUUGCAGAGGGGUCGGUCGAGUUCCGAGCUGUGGAGGAGGGACGGGAGUGGACGCCGCGGGCUGGGGCCUUUGUGUGAGCACACGAGACCAGCCAACGGAGAAGCAAUGGUGCGGGCGGUGGAGGGAUUGGCCGGGUUUGGUCGUGAGACGGCCGGAAACGGUGUAACGGUGUUCUAACAAUGUCUGGCUGUGGCCCUGGAGCAUGGGUGCUCGGCCAACCAGUGUAUGUGUACAUGGACGGCCAGAAGGCAAGUGGCUGAAGCAGGACAAGCUGGAGACGCGAC